GAGGCUGCGCGCAGGCGCGGAGGCUGCUGCGCUGUAGUGGGGAGCAGAGGUUGUACUCCGCGCGUGCAAAGUGCCCGCGUCGCGCAGUGCCUGAAGGAUGAAGUGAAUCGUGUUCAGUGAGUGAUAAAGUGAUGAGUGCGUUCGUGUGAAAUACCGGGCCUAGAUCCCGCGGCCGCGAUGCCGGUGGAGGGGCAGCGGUGCGUCUGCGUCGUUGUACUCCUUAUUCACACCGUCAUCGGAGCUGGAGAAGCGCCAACAUCGUCUCCCCCAACACUGAAGCCCGAACACAAUGAACUGACUGUCACGUUCCCGGCGCUGGACGAUCUCUACCACACGCCUGAGAAGCACUUCGCAACUGAAAACAACACGGUUGUGACUUCACAAAUCGGCUCCACGGCUCUGUUACCGUGUGUCAUUAGAAAUAUUGGUGAUGGAAUUAUAUCAUGGAUCAGAAGAAAAGACUAUCACCUCCUCACAGUCGGCCUGACCACAUACAGCUCCGACCAGAGGUUUCAAGCCAUACAUCUACAGCAUUCCGAGGACUGGACACUCAAAGUGAAAUUCGUCCAAAGUCGUGAUGCGGGCAUUUACGAGUGCCAGGUUUCAUCUCAUCCGCCCACCAGUAUAUUUCUACGGCUAGAUGUCGUUGAGGCACGCGCGCAGAUUUCGGGUCCCACUGAGAAGUAUCUCAAGCCAGGCUCGACAUUACGCCUGCAGUGCGCCAUCGUGCAGACAACGGAGGCACCAGCUUUUGUAUUCUGGUAUCAUAAUAGCCGCAUGAUAAACUACGACGCCGAGCGCGGCAUCAACGUGACCACCGACGCCGCGCAGCGCGUCUCGGAUCUGCUGAUACCGGCGGCGUCUGCGCAACACGCCGGCAACUAUACCUGCGUGCCCAACAACGCCGUUCCUGCUAGUAUAUACGUCCACAUAUUUAAUGGUGAAAACCCAGCGGCCAUGCAAUCGUCAUCGCCGAGCUACUACAUCCUGGGCCACUUCCUAUUACCAGCACUAACGAUAUUAAACCUCUCCCUUCGGUGACAAUCGUAAGCUUAACUGCCUUAGCAGAACGUAGCUAAGCUAAAUAUCUUCUGAAACCUUUGUAGGACGGUUCGUUUUUGCGUGAAUCGAGUUAGCGUUAAUUAGUGUUGCAAUGAGAAGCACUUAUUGCAUGCAGAUUUGUUUUUACUGCUGUUCAGUGUGCAUAGUAGUAGGGUAGCCCAAGAGUUUUUUUUAUUAGCGAGUCUUAGUGACAUACUUUUUGGCUGCUUAAUAACAUGCUACCUAUAAAGUUUGAAAUCAAUAAUCUGAUGAUAUGAACGAAUUCCCGCCGGAAAGUUUUACUUAAAUUUAGUAACACUUUUGUUUUGAUUAAUAUGGUUAAUAAUAUAAGGUGAUUCCGUUAAUUACCUAGUCAGUAACAUUUAUUAUAUUAAAGAGGGGUGUAUUUCCCCCUAGGUUCGCAAAUAAAAUAAAAUUAAAAUGUAAUAAGGCCCCCAAACAUAAACGAGACAUUUGUACUUUUAAAUCGUCACUCCGAAUGAUCGUCAAUAAAGUUUCUACUACUUAUAUUUGAUACAUCCUCCUUGCCUUAAUCAGCAAAUAGUACUUAAAGGAAAAAAGGUAAAUACAUGUAUGAAAACAUAAUACGUCAAUAAAAUUACGUGAUGCGAGCUUGCGUCCUAGCCAAAUCUGAUGCGCUCUAGGAGGUCAGUAUGAAACUUGUUUUUUUACGUUUUUGAAAGCCUUCAGCCGCUCUCCCUGCUUAUGAAAGUAAAUGAUGUAUAAAGAACAUUGACAGAUUACUACUUUGGAGCUGGGCUUUUGAGGAGAGUCUUUUCAAAAGGGCAUACAAAAAUAAGCCCUCAUUUGAUUCAGAAAUAUGUUUUUUUUUUUAAUCUAUAAAUUUAAAGGCACUGAUGCUUUGACAUUGCUUUAAUAGUGAAAGGCUAGAAGAGAGAUUCGAGUAUUAUUUAGUCUAAGUACUCAAAUUACGGUGCAUUCUUAAAACAUCUUUUAGUUACAAAGUAAUACUAAUAAGAUGUUAUGUUUUGAUUUCUUCACUAGAUCAAUGAUAAAUAAGUAAUGUUGGUGUAAAUAUCACAUACUAAAGUUGUUAUUUGUUUAUGAAAUAUCUAUGUAGCUUACAUCGUUAUGAGCAUUUAGCCAUUAACCAUUGCUUGUAGUCAUAGUCGUAUCCAUUUUUACUUAUACUCGUAUUUAAUGUUCAAUCAACAUUCACGCAAAAACGUUUUCAUAUUGCAAUGAUUAAAAUAUAAAUAAUUGUAAGUGUUUAAUUUACUGUGUCCAUGUAAAAAUGUCAUCACUAAAAUAUAGUUAAUGAAUAUCAAUGUUAAAUAUAUACACAAUAUUUGUAAAAACAGGGAAGUAUUAUAUGUAGGUAAAUUUGUCGGAAUGAAAUAAACAAAAAUCUGUGACUCCACUGGUGUUUAUUAUAAAAAGUUCAAUAUGUCAAUGUUUAAAUUUUGGUUGAAGCCAUUAAUAAAAUCGCAACUUGAUAAUUGUGUUUUUUAACAACAAUAAAUUUGAGUGUAACCUUCAUAUCAACUUUUUUUUUCAUAAAUUUUAUAAUUUUACUACCAUACAAAGUCAAAGACGACAUUUUAUAUCAUUUUAAUUGGGUAUAGUAUAAGCCAAUAAAACGUAUAGCUGUAGGCAAGUCAUGCAGUGACAUUAAUUGGGUAACCUUUAAAAAUUGGGAAUAAAAUCGUAUUGAUCGCUCGUUUGGGUACUUUACUUAACUCAAAGUAUGGCCCAUCCGACAUACAUGAAACCGAUCCUUUAAAAAUUGGGUUACGGGAAAAUGGAAUACCUACUGAAUUAAAACGCACUUUGCGAUGACUAGUUUGUUCUGAUAUACGCAGCCAAACUAGUUUUUACUACUCAAAGUUUUAGUCAAGGAAAUUAUUAAAACUACUUUUAAGUAGGGUAAACGCGAUUUAUCUUAAAGCUUUUUUACGGUGUUAUAUACAAAUACCUACAGCGACAAUUUUGUCAGUAAUUGUUUUUUAGCCAGUUCGUGAUCCAAACAUUAACUACGUUGCCUCACUGUAAAUAGUGGCACGGCCAACGAAAGAAAAGUCUUCUAGAAAUCGAUUUUCGCUCAUGUCGUCUCGGAUA